GUUAAAUUAUGUUGUAUUAUUUGUUAACAUUACGUUGUUGUUCAAAAUGUGACACCGAUGCAAAACCACGGUGUUGUUCCCAAAGAAUGUUAUAUUAAAGACACAUCUUGUUACUCUUCAUAUUCAUUAAAUUAAUAAUUUGGUAACAAUCUUUGAGUCUUCAAUUGAAUUCAAAUAAUUAUUUGUGUUUUGAGACAUAAAGAUGGAUGCAGAUUCCACUAGACGUUUUACCGAUGUAGUAUUAGACCGAACAAUUUUCCCUUAUGCAAGUAUUAAUAGUACAUUGUCAGAUAGAGACUUGAGAUUUUUAGUCAUUGAUGUUUGUAUUCAUAUGCCACCAAAGGUUGUAUCUGAUGGAUUUUUUGGUACUGGUUCUCAACACCUCUCACCUAUGGUAACCUCAUUGCCAUUAUUAGAGUUGCAAAUUGUCAUAAUCUUUGCCAUUACUCAAUGUCUUCAUUUGCUACUUAAGCGUCUUGGGGCACCCUAUUUCGUUUCACAAGUCUUGGCUGGUUUUAUUCUAGGCCCAUCUAUAAGGAUUUCAAAAUCAUGGAAUCAUAUAAAAGACACUUUGUUUCCUUACGGAUCAGAAGAUACUCUAAGUUUAAUAUCCAUAGUUGGCUAUGGAUUUUUCCUGUUUCUAAAUGGUGUUAAAAUGGAUGUGAGCAUGAUAACAAGAACAGGUAGAAAAGCAUGGACAAUAGCAUUCUGUUCCUUUGUGAUACCAACACUUCUUGGUCUCAACGUCUUUUACAGAUUCUUAGCACAAUGGAAAGAUUUCCUUGGCGAAUUCGAAGCGAAAAAUCUUCCAGUUAUGGUGAUAGGACAAAGUGGUUGUUACUUUCCUGUCAUAGCUUCUCUACUCUCUGAUCUUGAGAUUCUAAAUUCAGAACUUGGUCGUUUAGCACUGUCAACAAGUUUGGUAAUGGAUGCAUUAAACUCAAUUGUUUCAGGAAUUGGAACUGCUUUUAUUAGCAGCAUAAAAACUGAUUCGCACGACAACGGUGUACAAAAAGGAGGAAAUACUGCUCUUUAUAAAGUUUUCUUAUACAUUUGUUUCUUGGUUUUUCUUCCUCUUUUUGGACGUCCGAUAAUGAAAUGGUUUGUGAGAAACACACCAGAAGGUAGACCAAUGAAGAAAAUCUACACUUGCAUUGUUUUUCUUAUGGCACUUGGAGCAGGGAUUUUAGGAACUUUUUCAAACCAAAGUGUUUUAGCUGGAUUCAUGAUUCUUGGUCUUGUUGUGCCUGAAGGUGCUCCAUUAGGAACUGAAUUGAUUAAGCAGUUGGAGUUGUUUUGUUCAUGGUUUCUUUUACCUGUUUUUGUGACAAGUUGUGCAAUGAAGGUUGAUAUGGGUGCUGUUAUUAGUCCAAAGAUGAUUGCUGUUUGGCUUUCCAUCAUUGUUGUUGUUCAUUUGUUAAAGAUGCUUCUGACUGUUGGAGUUUGUUGGCAUUGUAACAUGCCUAAGACUGAUGGUAUGUGUCUUGCUCUCUUGUUGAGCUGCAAAGGUGUUGUGGAUUUUUGCACCAAUGUUUUUCUUCAUGAUGCCAUGCUAAUGAGCAAUGAAUCACUAGCUGUCUCAACUUUAUCUGUGUUGGUGUUGGGAACCAUGUCACGUAUUGGUGUGAAGUAUUUGUAUGAUCCUUCAAAGAAAUAUGCAGGUUAUCAAAAAAGGAACAUCUUGAACUUGAAACCAAACUCAGAGCUUCGUAUAGUUUCAUGCAUCCACAAACCAAGUCACAUAACUCCCAUCAAGAAUGUUCUUGACAUUUUCAGUCCAACAACAAGCAAUCCAUUGGUAGUUCAUGUCUUGCAUCUACUGGAGCUUGUUGGAAGAUCUACUCCUGUUUUCAUCGCACAUCGCCUUCAAGAGAGGGUUGGUUCGGGUCACCACACUUUCUCUGAGGAUGUCAUUGUUACCUUUGAUCUUUUCGAACACGACAAUGCUGGCACUGCAUCAGCGAGUACCUACACAGCUAUAUCACCAAUCCGCUUCAUGCAGGACGAUAUUUGUUAUCUUGCAUUGGACAAACUUGCAUCCAUCAUCAUUCUUCCUUUUCAUCGGAGAUGGGCGGAAGAUGGUUCUGUUGAAUCCGCAGACGAGAAUAUAAGGUCUGUGAACACUAAGGUUCUUGAAAGGGCACCGUGUUCGGUAGCAAUCCUUGUCAAUAGAGGACACAAUUCUUCUAACAACAUUAUUAAUAACACAAAGCAAAUUGCCUUGAUUUUUUUGGGGGGUCCUGAUGAUAGAGAAGCAUUGUGUUUGGCUAAAAGGGCAAUCAAAGGAGAUGCUUACCACUUGGUUGUGUAUCAUUUGGUUGCAACAAACAAGACUGCUGAGUUCACUAAUUGGGAUGUUAUGCUUGAUGAUGAGUUGCUUAAGGAUGUUAAGGGAAUUUAUGGUAGUGUAGAUAAUGUCACAUAUGAAAAAGUUAAUGUUGAAAACACUUCAGAUACCACUGCAUUCAUCACAGAUAUAGCAGACCAACAUGAUUUCUUUAUAGUCGGGAGACGUAACGGGAUGAAAUCGCCUCAGACUGCCGCACUCGAAGACUGGACCGAGUUUCCUGAGUUAGGUGUGAUUGGAGAUUUGCUUGCUUCACCAGAUACUAAUACCAAAGCAUCAAUUUUAGUUGUGCAGCAACAACUAAUGCCUAAGUCAUGAUGAACAGUUACACACAACACAAUUUUUUCUUGUAUGCUUCAUUCUAGUUAAUUUUUCAUCAAAAUUCUAUAUCACAUUCCUGUAGUGUAGAUACUUCUUGAAUUGAUUUAUUUUGUAAUGUGAGUUUAUUUGAAUCCAAUAGUGAAAAUCAAUUAUUUUCAUACCAAGUCCAUUUAUUACAAUUAUGAAAUUUUAUUAUCAUUAGAGCAGUUGU